GCGCACUUACCAAUCUGAAGAAGACUGUCAACUUCCUUUCAAUGCAACGCGUAGACAAGUUGAGAGGGAUAGGACGUCUUCUCUGUCAAGUCAAGCAGCCGAAGUUUCUGACAGCAACUUUUGCAACCCCAGCUACGUUUUGUUGUAAAAGGGUUUUUGCAAGACACUUCAGCUCUUCAACUCAGGUCAAAAUGUCGUACGGUAUAGUGGAAAGAGGAUGUCCAAAUUCUUUGGAAUACCGAGUGUUUUUCAGUGGCCCGAGUGGGAAUGUUGUGUCACCAUUCCAUGAUAUCCCACUCUUUGCCAACACAGAGAAGACAGUUAUGAAUAUGGUGGUGGAAAUUCCUCGCUGGACCAACAGUAAAAUGGAGGUAUGCAAGGAGGAGAAACUUAAUCCCAUUAAGCAAGACGUCAAGAAGGGGGCUUUGAGAUUUGUGAAGAAUGUCUUUCCACACCACGGCUACAUUUGGAAUUAUGGUGCUUUUCCACAGACAUGGGAGGAUCCAAAGCAUGAGACCCCUGAAACCAAAACCUUUGGUGAUAAUGACCCCCUGGAUGUCUGUGAAAUAGGUCAAAAGGUUCAUAAACGUGGAGCAGUAGUCCAGGUGAAGGUCCUGGGUGUUAUGUGUCUGAUUGACGAGGGUGAGACAGAUUGGAAGAUAAUUGUCAUCGAUGUGACAGACCCAUUAGCAGCUGAGUUAAAUGACAUAGAAGAUGUAGACAAACAUAUGCCUGGCUUCCUCAAGGCAACAUAUGAAUGGUUUAGAAUUUACAAGAUCCCUGAUGGCAAACCAGAAAAUCACUUUGCUUUCAAUGGUGAAGCAAAAAAUAAGGAGUAUGCCAUGAAGAUUGUAAGAGAAUGUAAUCAACAGUGGCAAAAAUUAAUUGGCAAAGAAUGUGAUAAUAACGGUUUAUCAUGUGAGAACACAUCUGUGGCCAGCAGUCCAUACAAAAUUUCACCAGAAGAUACAAAGAAAAUCAUUGACAGUCAACCACAACUAGGAGCCGCAAAACCAUUAGCUGACGAGAUCAACAAAUGGCACUACGUCAAGCUAUAACAACGAUACUUUAUAGAGGAAGCAAUGGAAUCGACCAGAAAGGCUGUAAUUAGUACUUAGACAUAUCAUAAAGUAGUGCUCAAUGGUUAACUCCUAUCUACAAUCUCUUUACUGUGUUUUAUAAUCAAUCUACUGAGGGAAUAUGUGACUGUUGAUCUUGUACCUGUAUUACUUUAUGUUUUCAUAGCAGAUAUAAUUUACAAUAAUUGUAUGAUAAAAUAG